AUGGGGCAGCCCACCGUCAUUGGCAUUGCUCUGUCAAAUAGUGCCCUCAACAAGCAGUUAAACAGGGCUGGCGCUAUCGCAGUGUCACAAGUCCCCAUUAUUGUUGCUUUGGGUACCCACAAUAACAUUAUUUCAUUUGAGCUAUCUCCACAGAAUGAUGGCUCGCAUCUUGUGUGUUAUGGCUUGGCUUCACACUCUGGGCAAGAUGACAUCGGGCACCCCAGCUACCUUGCCGUUGCAUUCACCCUGUGCAUGAGUGAGCCUAUCAAUUAUUUUUCAUUAUGCACUGUGUCCUUGUCUUAUAUUCAGGGACAUACAAUAAUUUUUAUCAAUCAGAAUGGUCUACUAUGGAAUCUUACCCACCAUGAUACUUUGGGGUUUAGAUUGUUUCAUGCAUUUUGCAUGAUCAAUUUUGGUUACUUCAAACCAACAGCUUCAAUGUCGAAAGACUUUGAUGCAUCUGUCGACAUUCUCUCUUCUCAAUUUCUCUGUAUCACCCUUCACCAACCAAGUUAUUUUUGCUGGGUCACCAGUCAAUCCACCUAUCUCUCGUUCCCUGGACUCUUGUCCUUGCCAUUUGAGGCCCACCCUUUCACGAUAUCAACGACUUAUGACCCCAAUCCUUCUCCAUCUGGGAACAAGCUCGUUUUUUUUACUUGA